CCUUUUAUCCACAAUCUGCUGCUUGUAUCCAUCCAUCACGCUCUAAGCGGAGGAGUGGAGUAUGAACGCACGCGGGAGGAGAGGAGAGAAAAGCGAGCACGAGAGAGGAAAAACGGCACAGCGUCUCGUGAAGAGCAAGAGCGAACGAGCCUCUCUCUCUCUCUUUACCUCAGUUUGCGUUUUUUACAUGUGUGUGCGUGCCAGAAAUGGACCUGAAGGAGGGCUGUGGAAGCGAGGCCAGCCGUGAGACCGAGAGUGGAGGCAUGGGUAGCCUGGGAGGCCCCACGUCUUGGCAGUCCUUUGCCCAUCGAAGCACCCUGCACAGUUUACGCUUCAUCUUCCCCUACUCCACUUCUUCCUCCCCCUACCGCUCCACUUCACGCCGUCUGCUCUGGAGCGCGGCCUUGCUGGCCAGCCUGGUCCUACUUGUCCUGGAGAGCACUGAACGGCUGGCGUACUUCCUCUCCUACCCCCACGUCACUAGUGUGGAUGCUAUGAUUUCUGGCAGCCUAGUCUUUCCCGCCGUCACUGUCUGUAAUCUGAACGCCUACCGUUUCACGCGUCUCACACAGAAUGACCUCUACCACGCCGGGGAACUGUUGGCCCUGCUGGACGUGCACCUGCAGAUCCCUGAGCCGCACCUGACCGAGCCCCACGUGCUGGCCUUUCUCACGGAGAAAUCCAACUUCACUAACUACCGGCCCAAACCAUUCAGCAUGCGGGAGUUCACUGAACGAGUGGGCCACGACCUGAAGGAGAUGAUGCUUUACUGCCGUUUCCAGGGCCAGGAGUGCAGCCACCAGGACUUCAAAACGGUUCUCGUGUCCUCACGCCCAUCCCUAAUUCCCAGUGAUUCUUGA